AUUGGCUGCUCGCGUUCUACGGAGUUGGCGCCAUUGAAACCCGUCGUGCUGCCUUCAGUGCGCUUUCCUCCCAAAAAGACUCAUAAUUUGCCCACAUAAGCGGCUCGACUGCGACGCAAUGGCCGAUAAAGACGCUGCAUUUGACGAUGCCGUGGAGGAAAGGGUGAUCAAUGAGGAGUACAAGAUCUGGAAGAAGAACACUCCUUUCCUCUAUGACCUGGUUAUGACUCACGCCUUGGAGUGGCCCAGCCUCACUGCCCAGUGGCUGCCAGAUGUCACCAGACCGGAGGGUAAAGACUACAGCGUGCACAGGUUGGUUCUGGGCACUCACACUUCUGAUGAGCAGAAUCAUCUUGUCAUCGCUAGUGUGCAGCUCCCAAACGACGAUGCCCAGUUUGAUGCCUCACAUUACGACAGUGAAAAAGGAGAAAAUAUAGAGUUUGGUGGCUUUGGAUCUGUAAGUGGGAAAAUAGAAAUUGAGAUCAAGAUCAACCAUGAGGGAGAGGUGAACAGAGCUCGUUACAUGCCUCAGAAUCCCUGCAUUAUCGCCACUAAGACCCCCACCAGUGAUGUGUUGGUUUUUGAUUACACAAAGCAUCCCUCUAAACCUGAAGACCCUUCAGGAGAGUGCACCCCUGACCUGCGCUUGAGAGGACAUCAGAAGGAAGGUUAUGGCCUUUCCUGGAACCCAAACCUCAGUGGUUGUCUCCUUAGUGCUUCUGAUGACCAUACCAUCUGCCUGUGGGACAUCAGCACAGUGCCCAAGGAGGGAAAGAUUGUGGAUGCUAAGACCAUCUUCACAGGCCACACCGCUGUAGUGGAGGACGUCUCCUGGCAUUUGCUCCACGAGUCGCUCUUUGGAUCUGUGGCCGAUGACCAGAAACUCAUGAUCUGGGACACACGGUCCAACAACACCUCCAAGCCCAGUCAUGCAGUGGACGCCCACACUGCUGAGGUCAACUGCCUGUCCUUCAAUCCUUACAGUGAGUUCAUCCUGGCCACUGGCUCUGCAGAUAAGACUGUGGCCCUUUGGGACUUGAGGAACCUGAAGCUGAAGCUGCACUCGUUUGAGUCUCACAAAGACGAGAUCUUCCAGGUUCAGUGGUCUCCCCAUAACGAAACCAUUCUGGCCUCCAGCGGCACAGACAGAAGACUCAACGUCUGGGACCUCAGUAAGAUCGGAGAGGAGCAAUCUCCAGAGGAUGCUGAAGACGGCCCUCCUGAGCUGCUGUUCAUUCAUGGAGGACACACAGCUAAGAUCUCAGACUUCUCCUGGAACCCCAAUGAGCCGUGGGUCAUCUGUUCUGUGUCAGAGGACAACAUCAUGCAAGUCUGGCAGAUGGCUGAAAACAUCUACAAUGACGAGGACCCAGAAGGUGCUGCAGACUCGGAGGUCCAGGCAUGAGUCUGUUCUCCACAUCUCCUCAUUUGACCUGCUUGUUAAAAAUGGAUCACUUUUCCAGCAUUGGGUACUUAGGCAGUAAUGCCUUUUUAAAAUAUACAUUUUUGGGCAGCAGUGGUUUUGUAGAAAAUGAAAUAAAAAAAUAAAAAGUAAAAUGCUGCAUCACCAUCAUCUUGUUGUGAAGUAUUUAAAACACAGUCUGUUUCUGUCAGGUUUUUUUUUUAGAUCCCCUCGUUCUUCAAAUCCCCACUGCUCCCAUUCUGUGGUUCAUGUGAUGAACCGUCACACACAGUCCAUUAUUGUUCAGAUGAUUCAUUUUUGUGGUUUGAUUUCCUCUUGAUUAGUCGUUCUACAGCGAUCCAUUUUUAAUGAAAUUGUACAUACUGUAGGUUUUCUUUCAUUUGCUUGAUAUUUGUAGUCGCAAUUGUCCACGUCGUGUGUUGUCACUUGUUUGUGUUUCUUUCUCUGCUUUUUUUUCCCUGUGCUGCAUCUGAUGACUUUAAGCAUAUUCAUAAUAAAAAUAUUUACAUUUAA